AUGGGGUUGUCUGCUCCUGGGAGCCAUCACCGGCGGCGAAGCUCCGCUCUCACCAGCGCAGCGCGGUCGUUUCUGCCCGGAGAGCAUGGGGAUGGAACACACAAAAGGGAAGAGCAGGAGCCUCUGACGGCGGAGGAUCCAGAGCUCUCGGAUGGCUCGUCAGCAGCAGAUACAAUUCUAGAGAUGGACCCAAUGAGCUCGGACGAUGAUCAUCAUGACGACGAGGAGACUGGUCUCACGGCACAGCAGAGACGCCAACGACGACGGCGACGACGGAGACAACGCAGGAAGCUGGAUGCUCGGAUUGCGGAUGUGAAAUCGACACGGGGAGAUAUUUUGCAGUUGAAUUUGACGGACCGCAACGUCGUCAAGAAGCUGUGUAUCAACGCGUCGUUGAUUCUCAUGUGGUACUUUUUCUCCUUGUCUAUUUCAAUUUAUAACAAAUGGAUGUUUUCCGACGAAGAACCCGUUUUCCCCUUUCCGCUCUUCACAACCAGCCUGCAUAUGGCCGUGCAGUUUAGCUUGUCUGCUCUUCUAUUGUGGCUCAUACCUUCCUUGCGGCCAGGAUAUCCGGCUGGAUCCGCUUCGAAUUCGCCUGUGGAUGGCACGGCAGCCCAAUCCCAGCCGAUCAUGACGAAACUCUUCUACUUGACUCGUCUCGUUCCUUGCGGUACCGCAACAUCCCUCGAUGUUGGACUCGGCAAUAUGUCCUUAAAAUUCAUCUCUCUCACUUUCCUCACUAUGUGCAAGUCAUCUGCGCUGGCCUUCGUUCUCCUCUUCGCUUUUGUCUUUGGCCUUGAGACUCUUUCCGUGAGGUUGGUGGUCAUCAUCGCCGCGAUGACAGUGGGUGUGGUGAUGAUGGUCGCCGGAGAGACCGCGUUCAAUGCUCUCGGGUUCACCCUUGUGAUUGCGUCGGCAUUUUUCUCGGGAUUCCGCUGGGGCCUCACUCAAAUCCUGCUGCUGCGUCAUCCGGCCACAUCAAACCCAUUCUCGACGCUGUUUUUCCUCACUCCAGUGAUGUUUUUUUCUCUUAUCGUCAUUGCUCUGAGCGUGGAAGGCCCUGCCGAGAUCGCUCAGGGUUUCAACAAGCUUGCUGAAGUUCACGGAAACGUAUUUGGCAUCUGUCUGUUGGUGUUCCCCGGCGUUCUUGCGUUCUGCAUGAUCUCGUCCGAGUUCGCCCUCUUGAAGCGCUCUUCCGUUGUUACAUUGAGCAUUUGCGGCAUUUUCAAAGAAGUGGUGACUAUUAGUGCUGCGGGUGUCGUGUUCCACGACAAACUGACGGUCAUCAAUGUGUCCGGGUUGGUCAUCACCAUCGGCAGCAUUGCCGCCUAUAAUUAUAUGAAGAUUUCUGCUAUGCGGAGCGAGGCUCGGGGAAAUGCGUGGGAUAACAGCCCUAGCCCGGACUCGGACGACACAGAAGACAGCGAGUUGGUUGAAGGAGAGAACGGAGAAUAUUCCCGGGUUGCCGACCUAGACACUGCGGAGCCUGUGGAUGGUGAACUCCAUGCGUCUUCCUCCGGCCGUCCUUCACGCCCACUCUACGUUCGUACCAACAGCGCAAGGCGCGGCCUCGCGAUCUCGACGUCCCCUAUCCCCGAAGACGAAGAUUCUCCCAUCAGAUCCGCUCCUCCGCACAUUACUUCUAUGAACGAAGCUCUGUCAUCUCAUCUCUAUGCCUCGAACAGAGAGGCCAGCCCGGGCGUGCACUCAGCCUCAUCCGUCUCGCCCGUGAGGCAUCACACCCCGAUCUAG